AUGAAGAAAAGACGCUCCAACAUCCUCAUGAAGGUCACAGCAAGAACCUGGCACUGUGGAUUCUGGGCCUCCUGCUCUGAGCUGCUGCUCCAGACACCUGCCAGCAGCCAGGGGUCGCCGGUGGUGCCAAAUAACCAGUGUUCUGACCAUCAAGAAGCUCACUGCUUAAUUCCUGGCAUAUUCCAAGAUGUUUCCCAUUACAAGAAGCAUGUGGCUGCGUCUGGUAUACGGGGUUCCCAUCACAGGAAGCACGUGGCUGCAUCUGAUAUACGGGGUUCCUACUGCAUGAAGCACGUGCCUGCAUCUAGUAUACGGGGUUCCCAUCACAGGAAGCACGUGGCUGCAUCUGAUAUACGGGGUUCCUACUGCAUGAAGCACGUGCCUGCAUCUAGUAUACCGGGUUCCCAUCACAUGAAGCAUGUGGCUGAGUCUGGUAUAUGGGGUUCCCAUCAUGGGAAGCACCAGGCUGCAUCUGGUAUACGGGUUCCCAUUACAGGAAGCACAUGUCUGUGUCUGCCUGCGGACGGUAUACAGGGUUCUCAUCACGGAAAGCACGUGGCUGCAUCUGGUAUACCAGGUUCCCAUCACAGGAAGAAUGUGCCUGUGUCUGGUAUAUGGGGUUCCCAUCACAGGAAGCACAUGGCUGCAUCUGGCUGCGUCUGGUAUCUGGGGUUCCCAUCAUGGGAAGCACAUGCCUGCAUCUGGUAUACUGGUUUCAUUUAUUUUCCUGCCCUUAUUCUGUACCUGAACCCAUCAUCUAUUUCUUAUGAAUUUUUAUUUUCAUCAAUAUGUACACUUCUAUCAACUUCCUAAAAUUCUUUGACACAUAUCUGUUACAGAUCAAUGAAAUUACUAAACUAACUGAAAUAACCAGCAAGCCCCCGAUGCAUGACAGAGCUUCAGAUCUGUCAGCCAUAAUUUCCAAUAGAGCCAAUAAUGUAUCCAUUCUCACUCAUCAAUUCCAGUGUUUUCCCCAAGACACGUGGUUCCUAUCACAUUUGUCAUCCACCAAAACCCUUCCUCAGGGGCACCCGCAGGCCCUCAACGUGCUCCCACCACCAGGUGUGGCUCUGCAGCGAUUCAGUCCUCUCACCUGUUCAACAUCUUCCAACAUUUCACCCAUUCUCACGUGUCAAUUCCAGCGUUUUCCCCAAGGUAUGUGACUUCCUACAAAACCACAUAUUUCUAACAACUAUGUUAUAUUUUAGCCUCUAUGAAAGACCGGAAAAUAUUCUCCAAGGGAUCAUCUCUGUGGCGCAUCCCAUGAACAUUUCCUUUCCUUAGAUGCCCCCACCUGGCAACUCCUGGCGUCCUGGUACUGGCGUCCAAGGAGACAGGGAACAGGACUUGUCAGGCAGAGGACAGCACCCUGCGGGAAGAACCCAGGCUGCUCCAGGACCCCAGCUGGACACUGUGCAUCCUGGCACGGCAACCUUGCCAUGCUCCCACCUCCAAUCUGGCCUUAAGGCCCUCCAACCCUGACCCCAGGAUUCUGCCCAGCACUAGGAAACAGCCCCCAGGUGGGUGCCCCAAGCCUCUGCUGCUCUUCCUUUUCAUUCUGGUGCUGGAGCCAUUUGGUGUCAUCCAAUUUAUGGGACCUUUCUCAAAAGCUGUGGACAGGAGAUGCUUUCUAAAACCCAGAAGUUAGAUUUGAUUAAAAACAAAAUUACAUAUAUAGAUUUCAAUGGACCAAGCAACUCUGUAUCCCAGAAUCCCAUGAAAAAGCUAAAUUGACAAUACUUAGAGAAAUAAAUUGGCAGAACAGAAUUACUUGUCUAAAGUCACCUCUGGUUAAACUGGAAAAUACACGUAAACACAGCAUGUCUUUCUUAGUCAAUCCUAGAGUAGAAUUUUAACUCAAGAUUUAGGAAUUCGAUCAAUUCUAAACAACUUGGAACUCCAAAAUAAUUAACUACCAUUACUGUAAGCUAUUUUCCACUUGAUAAAACACACCUUUUUCUAUAGAAAUCGCACAAGGACACAAGGAAAUCCGAAUGUGCCAGGCACGCACACAGAGAAGGAGCCCAACCACACUAAUGCACACAGGAACCGUGUGCAGGGCCUGGUGUGUGCUGGGCGUGGAAGGUGCAAUCCUGCAUGUCGUCUCGAGGGGUGGGACUAUCAUGGGCAUCCUGUGAAUGGCGGCAACGCUCUAUGCGAACGCAAUAAAAAUUAAACCAUCAUGAAAGGAAACUUCAUCCCACACCUUAAAGCAAUAUAGAUUCCAGGCACUUCUGAGUAGCAAUAAUAAACAUCUCAUGCAGCUAAAAGGGAAAAUUUCAACCCAAAAGGAAAACACACAGAGAACCCUGGUGGAGCCAGGUGAUGGCAAGGGCUCUUGGCUUCACCCGGAAAUGACGCAACU